AGGUGGGAGGGGCCUGGGCGGGUGGGGGCUGGGGCAGCCGAGGGACAGCAGCAGCAGCAGCAGCAGCAGCAGCAGCAGCAGCAGCAGCAGCAGAAGGGACAGGCAGCGCCAUGCCCUUCCUGGAAGGGGUAGAGGUAUCCGACGAGCUGGCGGGAAUUGCGGGCCUAGGGAUGGGGGCAGAUUCGCUGGACAGCAGCAGCAGCAGCAGCAGCAGCAGCAGCAGCAGCAGCAAGGGUUCUUUCUUCUACGAUCCUCAGCGAGACCCGCGUUUGCUGCUGCUGCAGCAGCAGCAGCACCACGCGCGGGUGCUGCGGCCUGCGCAGCAGGCCGGCCCGGCGAGAGGAGCUGUGGCAGCAGCAGCAGCGGCAGCAGCAGCAGCAGCAGCAGCAGCAGCAGCAGCAAAGAAGGGGGAAGGCAGCAAACGGCAGCUAGCCCCCUUUGUCCUCGAUGAGGGGGCCCUAUUCCUCACGAGGCCCCAGGACUUGAGCCUCGAGAGUCCCUUGCCUUUAGAGCCUUUGCUGCAGGAGCCCGGAGCAGCAGCUGCUGCUGCCAAACCCUGCUGCUGGGCCAGCUGCCCCUCCGAGGGUUUGCGGGCGGCCUGGCGGCUGCCGCUGGAGCAGCUGAAGCCUUUGCUGCUGCUGGAGCGGCUGGCCCCCGAGGAGGAGCCUUGGAUUCCAGGGACCACGACGCUGGCAGUGCUGGGGCUGCCGCGGGAUGUCCGCAGGGGCCGUGCUGCAGCACUAAUAGCUGGGGCUUGGCUGCGGGCUUUGGGGGCCUCCCCAGAAGCAGCAGCAGACGAGGGGGCCCCCAGGGGCCCCCAUUUGCUGCGGGAGGGGGCCCCCUCCCCUGCAGCAUCUCAGGAGUUCUUGGGGGACCCUUACUCCGCCGGCGACAGCAGCAGCCAGCUGCAGCACCUGCAGCAGCACCUGCAGCAGCAGCAGCAGCAGCAGCAGCAGCAGCAGCAGCAGCUGUGUCCGCCCCCUCCUUCUCCUUCCGACGAGCUUUCCGGCAUUGCAGAGCUCUUCGACAAAUACGGGGCUGGGGGCCCCCUGGGGGACGGCCUGGGGGCCCCCGGGGGGCCCCCCGGGGGGCCCCCGGGGGGCCCCCCUGUGAGUACCCUUUUUGGCAGCAGCAGCAGCAGCGAGGGCGUGGAGCCCAGGGGGCCCCCGGGGGCCCCCAGGGGGCCCCCCGCAUGCAGGGGCCCCUCAGCGAGGCAGCAAACGCUGCAGCAGCUCGUGGGUAUAAAAGAAGUGUGUCUUUUGUUGGGGACAGAUGAGUCUGCGUUGAACUGUUUGCCUGUGGCCCCUCUGCGGCCUGCUGCAGCACCUGCAGCAGCAGCAGCAGCAGCUGCUGCUGCUGCUGCUGCUGCUGGGGCUUCCGCCCCAGCCGCGCAGAGCCAGCCGCUCCCCGCCAUGCUGCUGCUGCAGGCCGAAAAUGAGGAAGCAGCAAAGCGGCUUUGGCUCGUCUUCUCUUCCGGGGAGUGCAUGGUGUACGGCUACACGCUGGUGGUGCUGCCAGACCCCACUGGUCUUCGCGCGUAUUGUGAAGCAGCAGCAGCAACUUUUUCUUCGGCGGACUUGCUGGCGUUGCAGCAGCGGCUGCAGCGGCAGCAGCAGCAGCAGCAGCAGCAGCAGCAGCAGCAGAAGGCUGGAGGUCCCGUUACGGCCAUCCUGCCGUACACUUCGGAGGAGGACCUGCCGCUGCUGCAGCAGCAUGUGGCCCCGCAGCUGCGUGCUGCUGCUGCUGCUGCUGCUGAGGGUUCCUGCUGCUGCUUGCUGCGCUUCGGGUCUAUGGAUGCUGCGCUGCAGCACGCUGCUGUCAGCUGCCGCUUUAAGAGCCCGGACGGGGGGGCUGUCCUGGUGCUGCUGCUGGCCGUGUCUGCUCAGCAGCAGCAGCAGCAGCAGCAGCAGCAGCAGCUGCAGCUGAAGCAGCAGCAGCAAGCUGCGGUAAGUCCGGUCUCUUCGCUCCGAUUGCUGCCUGCGGUGAUUCGCCUCCCGCCGCCUCCCGGUGCAGCAGCAGCAGCAGCAGCAGCUGCAGCAGCAGAUGCUGCUGCUGCUGCUGCUGCUGCUGCACCUGCUGAAAAGCAGCGGCCGCUGCAGGACACAGAGGGCCUUCCUCCGGCGUUCGCCGAGGCUGUUGUGAAUGCCACGCGCAGUUUAAAGCCUGAAGCAGCAGCAGCAGCAGCAGCAGCAGCAGCAGCACGAAAGCCGCCUGUUAAGGAAGCAGCAGCAGCAGCGUCUGCUGCUCCUGCUGCUGUGCCUGUGCGCUCUGAGCCGGCUGGCUCCAAAGGAGAUAGCGGUAGCAGCAGCAGCAGCAGCAGCAGCAGCAGCAGCAGCAGCAAAUUGUCAAUGCAGCAGCAGGUUAAGGCUAGCAGCGCAGCGGAGGCCACGGCGAAGUCUGCAGCAGCAGCAGUUGCUGCUGCUUCUGCUGCUGCAGAUCGCGGCGGCAGCAGCAACGCCAGCAGCACCGAGAUUUCGGGCUCAACUGACACAGCAGCAGGAGCCGCAACUCCAGGCAAAGCAGCAAAAGAAGCUGCUGCUGCUGCUGCUGCAGCAGCAGCAUUAGGCGGAGUGAGCCGCGCAGCUGCGAAGUCUUCGCUGGCCCUUUCCCGCUCCGGCGUGCAGGCGCUGCAGCCUGCUGCUGCUGCUGCUGCUGCUGCUGUUGCGGCACAGAAACACUUGCCUCGCAAACGGAGGCGGCUUGUGCUCAGCAGCAGCAGCAGCAGCAGCAGUAGCAGCAGCAGCAGCAGCAGCAGCAGCUCAGAAGAAGAGGCCCCGAAGGCACGUGAGAAGAGCACGCGUCAGCCGCCUAGUCAGCAGAAGCAGCAGCAGAAGCAGGAGCAGCAGGAGCAGCAGCAGCAGGAGCAGCAGCAAAAACAGCAGCAGAAGCAGCAGCAAAAGCAGCAGCAGCCACAGGAGCCGCAGCAGCAGGAGCAGCAGCCGGAGCCGGAGCCUCAGCAGCAGGAGCAGCUGCCGCUGCAGCAGCAAGAAACGCGAAGGCCUCAGCCUGCUGCAGCAAAAGCUUCGCCAAAAGUGCCACGGCUUGGUGCUGCUGCUCGCCGUGCUGCAGCAGUCUCCUCAGCUCCGGCGGGAGCAGCAGCAGCAGCAGCAGCAGCAGCAGCAGGCGUGGACUCCCCAACGCUUGGUGCUGCUGCUGACAAGGCUGCGGCCACGGCGCCAGCGGCGGCGGAAGCAGCCCCAGAAGCGCCAGCAGCAGCAGCAGGGACACCAGCAGCAGCAGCAGCAGCAGCAGCAGCAGCAGCAGCAGCAGCGCCGCAGAGCGACCGGCGUCGGCGGAAGCGGACCGCGACGACCCCCGGAGCGGCGGAGGAGGAGCCUGCUGCUGCUGCUGCUGCUGCUGGCUCCACACCUGCUGCAGCAGCAGCGCCGGAAGCAGCCGCAGCAGAGCCCGCAGCAGCAGCAGCAGCAGCAGCAGCAGCAGCAGCACGGGGAACAGGCAGGGGCCGCAGGGGAGCCAAAAGGGGAAGGGGCGCGAGGCCCCCCGUGACGCAGCUGCGAGUGUCUCCGCGGCUAGCUGGCGAAACCCCUAUUUUAGGGUUUGGGAUGUGGGCCCCCCCGAACUGGAGCAGCACGCAGGCAGCAGCAGCAGCGCCUGCUGCUGCUGCUGCUGCUGCUGCUGCUGCUGCUGCUGCAGCGAAGUCGCCACGCUUCAAUCCUGCAGAGAGCCUGCAGGAUGAGUCCGCGUGGCUCGACGCCAGCAGCACGAGCAGCAGCAGCAGCGGCAGCAGCGACAGCAGCUCCAGCGGCGCCAGCAGCAGCAGCUGCUGCAGCAGCAGCAUGUCUUCCUUCGAAGCUCUUGCGAAGCAGCUAGCAGCAGCAGAGCAGCAGGGAGGGGCCCCCCCCCCUGGAGACAGAGAGGGGCCCCCGGGCAGCGAGGCCGCGGCCGACGCGGAGGAGCCUGCAGCAGCAGCAGCAGCAGCAGCAGCAGCAGCAAAAGCAGCAGCAAGCCCAGCAGCAGCAGCAGAGCCAGCAGCGGAAGACGCGUCGAGUCGCGCAGCAGAUAGUCAGGCUUCAGACUCCAACCCUCCGCAGCCUGGGCGGCGCCGCCGCGGGGGCCUCAGCAGGAGGGGCAGCGAGACGGACAGCAGCAGCACGAGCAGCAGCAGCACGAGCAGCAGCACGAGCGGCAGCAGCAGCAGCAGCUACUGCAACAGCAGCACAGAGAGCAGCAGCAGCAGCAGCAGCACCUGCAGCAGCGGGGUGGGGCCCCCCCGCAGGCUGCCAGCCGAGGAGGAAGGGGCAGAGGGAGGCCCCGCCUCCGGGGGGCAGGGGGGGCCCCCAGGGUACUGGUUCCCAAGGGGGGGGCCCCCCGAGGGGGGGGCCCCCCGGGGCCCCCCUCCCGCAGCGGAGUUCGGCGCUCCCAGAGAUUUGCCUCUGGGGACGCGGAGGGGGGCGGCGCCUGACGCCCUGCCGUUUGCUGCAGCAGCAGCAGCAGCAGCAGCAGCAGCAGCAGCAGCAGCAGCAGCAGCAGCAGCAGCAGCAGCAAAGGCAGGAAAUAGAGGGCUCGCGGCAAAUAGGGGCCCCCUCUCCUCAAGCUCCUUUAAGGGCUUGGGGCCCCUUUCUGGGGCAGACCUUAGUUGUACCUUUUCUCGCUAA